AUGCCUUCGGAGGAGUUUAUACGAGGGAUGUUGUAUUUAUCCCUGACUGUGGUGGGCAUCCCUGGCAACACGGCCAUCAUCCUGGCGUUCGUCUCUGUUUUGCACUGGGACAACCGCCUCCUCGCUGCUGAUGUUAUCGUGCUACACCUUGCGUUCGUCAACCUGUUAGUGGUCACCAUGCGCUGCCUGCUGGAGACGCUGGCGUCUUUCCGCCUGGUCGACAUCUUCAGCGAGGCCGGCUGCAAAGGUGUCAUCUUCAUCUACCGAACAGCGCGCUCGCUGUCCAUUUGGCUCACCUUCGUCCUGAGCGCCUACCAGUGCCUGAGCAUCGCCCCUCCCGGGUCACGAUGGUCGUCCUUGCGGACCUCGCUGGCUCGCUAUUUGUGGGUGGUGUUUCUCACCCUCUGGCUGGUCAAUACAUGCAUGUCCUCAGCCGCUGCUCUCUUCUCCCUUGGCGCCAAGAAUGUGUCCAUGUCUGCCAACCACGGCAUCAAUGUGCAGUUCUGCUUUGUCAGCUUCCCCUCCAAGCUCUCCAAAGAGGCCAACGGGGCAGCCCAGGUAGGCAGAGAUGUGGUGCCCAUGGUGCUCAUGACACUCGCCAGCCUCAUCAUCCUGAUCUUCCUUUACAAGCACAGCCAGCAGGUCAAGGGCCUUCGUGGUAGCAGCGGAGGAAGACACGGUGGCGGUCGUGGCUCGGAGCGGCGGGCGGCCAAAGCCGUGGUGGCUCUUGUGACUUUAUACGUGGUUCUCUACGGAGUGGACAAUGGGCUUUGGGUGUACACCCUCACGGUGAGGAAAACCAUGAGCAACUCGCUCAUCUCCGACCUGCGUAUAUUCUUCUCCUCACUCUACUCUGCACUGAGCCCCCUCGUCAUCAUCGCGUCCAACAGGAAGGUGAACGGCAGGCUCAGGUGUGCCGUGCAGGUCAAAACCAUCGAGGAGCAAGCGACCACUCCCGCCACUGUUUAGUGACCAGAAUAUUGUUAUCUACAGUACAUAGAGUAUGAAUCUGUCACACAGAG